AUGCAAACUAUAGCUACACCUCAACCGGCGGUUGUGCGCACCCAAACCAGCCCCGUGGCUAUCUGUAGGAACUCGUACAGAGCUCUACGUAGUAACCACAGAUGCCGCAGCAGCUGCAGCAGCAGCAGCUGCAGCAGCAGCAGCUGCAGCAAGCUGCAGCAGCAGCUGCAGCAGCUGCAGCGGCUGCAGCAGCUGCAGCAGCAGCUGCUGCAGCAGGGGCAGCAGCAGCAGCAGCAGCUGCUGCAGCAGGGGCAGCAGCAGGAGCAGCAGCAGCUGCAGGAGUUGUUGCUGCUGCUACUACUGCAUAGAGGGGCCCUGGGGGGCCCCUCAGCAGCUGCAGCAGGGGCAGCUGCAGCAGCUGCAGCAGCUGCAGCAGGGGCAGCUGCAGCGGCUGCAGCAGCUGCAGCAGGGGCAGCAGCAGGAGCAGCAGCAGCUGCAGGAGUUGUUGCUGCUGCUACCACUGCAUAG